ACUAAUAACAAAAAUCAUUAAUUUCAAUAUAUACAGGUAAAAGGAGAGUGACCCCCACGCCCACGCCCCACCCACCCCACCCCACACCCACCUCAAUCGUCUCCUUUGAUGGAACAAUAAAAACCACAAGAAAACCCGCGCUCUCCUUCCUUCUCCCCUGAAAAAUCAUGAAGAAUCGAAACCGAGGCAAAAUCUCACCUAAAUGGAUUGCUAUUCUUUGCAUUUUUAGCUUUGCUCUUGGCAUGCUUUUCUCUAACAGAGUUUGGACUCCUCCAGAAUCAGAUGGAAGGAACAUAUUUGGAAGGCGCCAUACGCAAGAAAGAGACUUGCCUUCUGUUUCUGAUGAUUGUGAAGCCAAAAAUAGCCAGAAGGAGGACAUCAAGGGAGAGUUUAACAAAGCCCAAGUAGCUAUCCAAUCAUUGGAUAAUUCAAAUGCUAAGAUUCAAAGUGAGCUUCCUUCAACUAAGGAUCCUCUAAUUCCACGGAAAACUGAAUUAGUUCCUUCCAUGAACACAAAUUCUGGAGGAAGUGGGACGAAAAAGAAGACAUUUAUGGUUAUUGGGAUAAACACAGCCUUCAGUAGUAGAAAGAGGCGCGAUUCUAUUAGAGAGACUUGGAUGCCUCAAGGUGAAAAGCUACGUAGAUUAGAGCAAGAAAAGGGGAUCGUUGUGCGCUUCAUGAUAGGCCACAGUGCAAUAUCGAAUAGUAUUUUAGAUCGAGCCAUUGAUAGUGAAGAUGCUCAGCAUAAGGACAUUCUUCGACUUGAUCACAUAGAAGGCUAUCAUGAGCUAACUGCAAAGACGAAAGCUUUCUUCUCCCUUGCAGUUGCAAAAUGGGAUGCUGAGUUCUAUGUGAAGAUUGAUGAUGAUGUUCAUGUCAAUUUAGGUACACUAGCUGCAACUCUUGCCAGGCACAGGUUGAAACCCAGGGUGUAUAUAGGAUGCAUGAAAUCUGGACCAGUUCUUUAUCAAAAGAGUGUUAAGUACCAUGAACCUGAGUUCUGGAAAUUUGGAGAGACGGGGAAUAAGUACUUCCGACAUGCAACUGGACAGAUAUAUGCCAUCUCGAAAGAAUUGGCAACAUACGUUGCCAACAACAGACCUAUUCUGCAUAAGUAUGCUAAUGAAGAUGUGUCACUCGGGGCAUGGUUGAUUGGUCUAGAAGUUGAGCACAUUGAUGAUCGUAACCUGUGCUGUGGAACUCCGCCUGAAUGCGAAUGGAAAGCACAAGCAGGUAAUGUUUGUGUGGCAUCAUUUGAUUGGAGCUGCAGUGGAAUUUGCAAAUCAGUCGAAAGAAUCAAGCAUGUACACGCUAAAUGCAGCGAAAGUCCUGCUACUCUAUGGGGUGCUCUUAUUUAGUCAUCUUUCUCAUCAGAACUGAUUCUUCAAACAUGAUACCUAUCCUCUCAACUUAAAGAGGGGUAAAUUGUUGAUCAUUUACGAGUAGGAGAUCACCCGAUGCUAUGAAAGAUGAUUGCAGAGCUUGAUGGAGAAUUUAACACUGUUGUUUAUACGGCAAAAAAAAAAAGAAAACACUACAUAUUGCUUGCUAGAGACUGUUGACAAAAGGAGAGUAUGAAUAGUAGGAAGAGUGUAGUCUUCAUUAAGUAUAAUUAUAUACACAGAUGUUAGAGCUAUUAGAUUUGUAUUUCCACUGUAUAUUGUAGUAAAUAUUUUUGUUGAACUCUUGGUAUUAUUUCCAAAGAAAAUUUUCCUCAUUUCCACAA